AAAUUUAGAUUAGUUUGAUGGUGUCAAUGUGGUAUCUCUCGACUAAAAACCAAUUUCUUCCAAGGAUUCCUGAUCAAGUCCUUGUAAGCGAAGGCACCUUUCCCCGUGUGAAAAAAGGAAGAAGAUGCUGCUUCGGCUUCCGUUUCUAGCUCUGCUUGAGUCGCUUCGUCCGUUUCUCUGAUGUGGAAUGUCGCUGAGUCAGAUCGCAGAUCUCUUCUCACUUUCGGAGUAGUCCAUCGACGCAUUUCAAUCUUUUUCUGGAGUUAUCGAUUCACGUCGCUGAAGGCUGCACCAAAGGAAAUGGAGUAGUAGUAGUAGUAGAGAACCUGGCGGCACACGCUCGAUGGAUCGACCCGUAGCUGUCCCGUCCAUGCCACUGACGAACGGCGCAGUGUGUUUGUCUCGUUCCGACCGAUUUCCCGUGAAACCAAUUGAAUGCGAGCGAAUCCUCACUUCAUUCACUCCGCUUCUCCCCCAUCCCGUGACCAACAUUUAAUCAUCACCCAGCAUUUAAUCUGCCCCUCUGACACUAUAAAACCUGCGCAGCCUGCCACCUCUUCCCCUCCAUCGCCCAACGAUCGCGCCAUUCCCGGUGCAUGCAAAGAUGGCUUCGCCGCCGCUGCUGCUGCUGUCCGCGCUGACGCUGGCCGUCGUGGUGGCGGCGCCGUGCCGGGGCGAGUUCACGGUGGUGGUGCCGGACGCGGGGGCGCUGGUGGACGCGCCGCAGCCGGGGUUCUCGGACCGGGCGCGCACCGACCCGGCGGAGCAGCGCGCCGUGCUGGAGGUCAUGGCGGCGACGGGCAACGGCUGGGCGUCGGGCAUCGCGGACGUGUGCCGCGGCCGGUGGCACGGCAUCGAGUGCGUGCCCGACCGCGCCGACGUCUACCACGUCGUCUCCCUCUCCUUCGGCGCGCUCUCCGACGACACCGCCUUCCCGGCCUGCGACCCCGCGCGCGCCGCGCUCUCCCCCGCCGUGCUCGCGCUCCCGCACCUCCGCUCCCUCUUCUUCUACCGCUGCUUCAGCGCCAACCCGCAGCCCGUCCCGGCCUUCCUCGGCCGCCUCGGCCCCGCCUUCCGCUCCCUCGUGCUGCGCCAGAACGGCCUCGUCGGCCCCAUACCGCCCGAGAUCGGGAGCCUCUCCGGCCUGCGCGUGCUCGACCUCCACGGCAACCAUCUCUCCGACGCCAUCCCGGCCACCGUCCAGUCCUUGGGCCGCCUCCAGCUGCUCGACCUCAGCUACAACCGGCUCGCCGGCCAGGUGCCGAACCUCAGGUUCCAGCAGCUCAGCAUCCUGGACCUCAGCCACAACGCGCUGCAGGGCCGCGUCCCGGCGAGCCUCGGGCAAUGCCGGUCUCUGCUGAAGAUCGACCUCAGCCAGAACCGCCUCGCCGGCACGAUUCCGGACGCUCUCGGCGACCUGCCCGACCUCAUACUGCUCGACCUCAGCCACAACGCGCUGUCCGGCCCGAUCCCGGCGGCGAUCGGCAGGCUGUCGACGCUGCGCUCGCUCAUCCUCGGCGACAACCCGAUGCAGUCCUCGACGGUCCCCGGCGACUUCUUCACGGGGCUCAAGGCGCUGACCACGCUGGUCCUCUCGGGCAUGGGGCUGGGAGGGUCGCUGCCGGAGUCCAUCGGGGGCCUGAGCCAGCUCCGCGUGCUGCGCCUGGACGGCAACGGGUUCACCGGCGUGAUACCGGCGAGCUUCCGGCGGCUGGAGAAGGCGAGCGAGCUCCGCGUGGACGGCAACCGGCUCGUGGGGCCGAUCCCGUUCGGCAAGCAGAUGAUGUGGAGGCUGGGCAAGAAGCUGCGCGUCGGCGGCAACGAGGGGCUCUGCUACGACGCCAAGCAGGAAGGGCUGGAGGGCGCCAUGGCGCUGGCCGGCGUCGCGGACUGCGGCAGCGUGGGGAGCGGCGCCACGACGCAGCACUUGAGCUGGGAGAGUAGUGGCGGUGCGACGGCGACGGCGAACGUGACGUUGUCAGCCGCAGAUUCAAACUCUGGCCGGGGUGGCGGCCACUUUUUCUUGGUCGUUUUGGUGUGUUUGCAGCUUGCAUUGUUGUAGGUAGAAGAAGAGCUGUGGCGGUUGAUUGGUGGUGCAGAGUUUUUUUACACCGGGAAGAAUAAGGAACUGUACAAAGCGUUGUUGCUGAUUGCGGCUUUUGCCCGCUGUAGCCAGGUGAACAAAAUUGUUUCCAGAGAUUUUUGAAAAAGCAUGUCUUUUUUCGGCUAA